AUGAAACAUGCUUUCCUUCCAAUUCUAUUUUUCCUUUUGUUGUUCACUAAAGAACAUGAUAUUACAACAUGUUUCCAAUUAAAAACUACACCUCUCUUUCUUAAUAACCAAAAAUUUACGUCAUACACACAAAGAGGCAGCUAUAAAAGGGCAAUCCUUAGAUUAGAAAAAUCGUUUUCUACCCAUGGAGAAUCCUUAAAAAGGUCAAACGUCGAUAAGAGCGAUGUGUAUGAAAAUAUAGAAAAGUUCGUUACAAAUAGUCCCUUCACUAACAGAAGUAAAAAUGAUAGUACCAAUACGAAGAACCUAGAUAGAUUCACUACUAGUUUUGUGUCAAGUCCAGAUAUGUGGAAUGAAGUAGUGAUAGACGAUAUGAACAGCAAAGAUGUUACACGCUUAACAAAAUUUUUGUAUGCAGAAUAUAAAAGAGCAUUUGCGUCCAUUGAUGAAAAGAGAAAUAAUGCAGACAACACCUUCAACUCUGAAAAAAUAAAAUCGUUGUUUCUUUCCCUUGGAUCCGUUGCAAUUGAUAACAUGAAUACAGAUGAAUUUUUUAAGCAUUUAGAAAGUUAUUCUCUUUUACUAAAAUGUUGCAAAGAUAAUUAUGUCUCUUUUAGUUUUAUUAAAAAUGAAAUCGGAAAUAUAAUGAAUACAAUCAUAAAACACUCCCAGAACUAUUUACAUGACAAGCACAUAUGUGAUAGGAUGAAAAAUGAAUUCGUAAAUAUGCACAAUCUUAUAAAAGAUAUAAAAAAGAAUGAUACAAUAAAAAUGAAUAUUAAAAGUUUCUUUUCUGUGUUAAACACCAACGUGGUUUUAAAUAACAAUUAUGUAUUUCAUUUCCUAACAGAAAUAUUCUCAGCGUUGAAUUUGCUGAUGCGAGAUAACCCAAAUUUCAUUCAUCAUUAUGAAUACAUAAUAAAUCCCCAUUUCUUCUUUAUAAGUAUUUUUUCUCUGUAUUCUUAUAAUUUAAGCAAAGCUCGAUUUUACUACGUAAUGCUAUUAAUUCAUAAUCAAAUAAAUUUGGAGAAUCCAAAGGAAAAUGUUGCGAAAUAUGAUGAUACCUUAAAUUAUAAUGAGUAUAAGAGCCAUAUACUUAACACCAUUUUUGAGAAAGAAAAAAAGGAAUGUGAAUAUAUUAAAGGGAUUAUUGCAAAUAACAAAGAAGGUGGUAACACUUUUGUGGAAAAGAAAGACAAUAUGCAUGAUGAAAGCUUAGAUAAGGACCCAAGGAAUGAGAAGGAAGGAGAAGACGCUAUAUUAAAUGAUGAAGAAGAGUCGUUAGUCAAGGGGUGCAAACAUGUACUAUUUAAAGAACUAUAUGACAAUGUCUUGAUAAAACUUUUAUUAUUUUAUGUUUUCUUUUUUUUCAGUGAUCACUAUUUUUGUACUAUUAUUUUAUUAAAUUUUAAGAAUUCCAUAAAAGACCGAAAUAAGGACGAUCGCUUGUUGCAAAUUGCUAAUUAUUUAUUUUCUGUGUUGCUAGAUAGCUUAUACCCAGUACGAGAUUAUUCUAAUAUAGUCUUACUUUUAAGUUUAUAUAAAAACAAUUUUGACGCACUUGAUGAUAAAAGUUUAAGUGCUGUGAAGAAAAUUUUUAAUGCAGUGGUAGAUGACAAUACGCGGGAAGAAACUUCUGGCGACAUGUCUAAAUUACUCUUAGAUAUUAGCGAAUCGAUUAAAAGUGUGGAGAAUGAAAAGAAUCACAUGAAUAAAAAGAUUACAAACAAUUCUAAUGAGAACAAGAAUGCCGAGGAGCAGCUAUACACGAAUAGCAUAAUUUUGAAGGAGGGCGAGAGUAAGGAAGAAAUUGUCAAAUGCGACGGCGAUCAGAUCACUGAACAAAAGACGGAAUCAGAGACUCAGAACGUAGAAAAUAAAGACGCAAGUGCAAAAGAUUCGAAUAGAAUGAAAGAUAAGUUUAACAAAUAUCUUCUGCGUCUGCUGAAAAACAAAUCGUAUGACAAAAUUGAACGCUUAGAAAAAAGAGAUAAUUUAUAUGUAAAUAACAAAACAUAUAGUUUGUUUAUUCAGUCCUUUUUGAGCAAUCAUAAAUAUGAUCGAGUGUACAAGGUUUAUAAGAAGAUGAAAUUGAAGAAGAAUAUUCCUAUAAAAUAUUUAAAUGCAAAAAAUUUGAUACACAGUUUUAAGAAUUGUGAUAUAGACAAAGGGCACGUGUUGAAUGAAUUACAACUAAUUAGUAAAUCUUACUUAAAUUUAUACUUUUCUAAGGACUGCUAUUUCGUACUGGCGAAAACGAUGCUGUACAAGCACAUGUGUGAUUACUUAAAAAAAAAAUGUGACAUGAAUUUAAUGAUCGAUAUUUUUAACUUUAAUGAACUUUUAAAAUAUUUCAUAAAAUUUAAAAGCUUUAUUAAUAUAAAGAAGUUAUAUUUCCUUCUACUCAAGUACUCUUACAUUAAAACGUACAAAACUUAUGUGAUAUUGAUAAGAUUUUUCAACAACCUGAAUUAUGAAUCUGAGAAAGGAAUUACAGAGGAAGAGGCAAGACCGGUGAGCGAAGGCGCAGCGGAGGACUUGAAAUGCCCUUUUGAGAAGAACAUGGAAAUUUACAGGGAUAUAGUAAAUCUACGAAAGAACAAGCUGUCUCAUUACAUUUUCCAAGGGAUAAAUUCGGAUGAGGAUUUUAAUUUAUAUAAUAAAGUUUACGAAAUUGCGAAGAAAGAUAAAUAUGACAUGAGUUUGUUUAUCUUAAGCAAUUUUAUCACGGAGUAUAUUUUUAUUGAUUAUGGUUCGGACGACAUAGUAGAAAGUGAAUUGACAAACGUGAAUAACAUACUGAACAUAUUUUUCGAGGCCAUAAACUUGUUUUUUUACAAAGAGAACUACAGAAUAACUGUAAAUAUAUUUUUCUUCCUUCUACUAUUUUUAAAUUAUUAUGUGACAAGAUACACAAAAAAGGAUUUAAAAUAUUCUACUUUUUUGAAAAAAAACAUCUUAAACUUUUUCUUGUCCAACAAUUAUGAAGCAAUUAAAGUAAAUAGCGAUGAUGUCUAUUCUUAUGUGCCACAUUUUAUAUUACGUACUGUAUCCAUGUCUGUAAAUCAUUUGAAGAAUGCUCACAAUUUGAAAGACAUCAUUUCAUCCGAAUGGCAUUUCGAUUCAAGUGAUUUUAAUAAAAAUGUUAUUCUUGCCCCGGCAGUAAAUUGCAAAAAUAUAAUGUCCAUAUUUCUACUUUUAAAGAACAAUUUAAUUAUGUGUGAUAAAACGAUGGAGAAGGAUCUGUAUGAUAAGCAAAAAAGCAACAACAAUCAAGUUACGGAAAAUGUGAGUGUUCAUGCAAAAGGAAAAAACUACUUAUAUAGAGACGUAAUUGAAAAAAAUUACAGUGAACAGAACGGGAGCACUGAACAGAGCGCUCCGCCUUCUACCACAUAUAGUAACGUUGCAAAUGUAUUUGUGAAGCUAAAAUAUACAAUUGGUUCAGACACCAUCAGCGAAGAUUCUCUGAAAGAUUUUUUAUUCAACAAGCUGAGAAUCCACGUAAAUAGUAAAAACAUAGAUGCGUUAAUCACCACAUUGAGUGAUAUAUUUUUCACCUACAACAAUAUAAUAUAUUUAAACUCGAGAGACUACCUUAACGUUUAUGAAAAGCUUAGUUUGGUUUACGACAGCGCGUUAGCAUCUCUAACCGUUAUAUUUUUCCUCGAAAGUAGGAGAAACCUUAAAGAGGGUACUGCUCCUAACGUCACAACCGCUACUGCCACAACUGCUACCGUCACAACUGCUACUUCUACGGAUAUUAUUGCAUUACCAGGUGGGCACCCCGUGGGUGAAGGCACAAAAGAAGUGAGUUUUCACGAAUACAUUAGUAUUUUGAGGGCCAUGGACAAGGCAUACUUUAAAGACAUCCUAAAUGGUCCUACUGUAUGCAAACUUUUAAAGAAGUACGAAAAUUUUAUCCAUAUGUGCCUAUAUUUUGAUUUAAAUAAAAAGAAAGUGGGCAACGUUAUAACUCUGUUGGACUUGUCGAGGAAGUGUAAUAUUCCCGUGAGCACAGAAACGCUGGUAGACGUUUUUUCCCUGUACUUCGAGAGAAAAAUGAACGAUUUAAUAUUCAAAGAGUUCGAAUCAUUUCCCCGAUCUGAGGGAACAAAAAAUUUCGAACUGUAUUACAUUGUCAUGAAGGCAGCGUUCUUCGAAGAGAACGCUAAAGUAGCCCUGAAUGUCUUGAACGCUGUGCUAAAAUCAUUUGACAUAAAAAGACUUCCCUUAAACUUCUUUGAAGGCAUUUUAUUAAUUUUGAAAAAAAAAGGGAAAUACAAAGAUUUAUAUCAGUCCAUUGACAGGUUACACAGGGAGCUAAUCAAUUUUGAAAAGAAUGAGAAAUUUACUGAUUUGGAAAAAUUGACAGCUAAUGUAAAAAGCGAUUUGCACAAGUGUAAAACAGAAAGGCAGUUUUAA